AUGGCCUCCGCCUCGUUCGAUAUCGACUCGGACGACGAAAUUGACCCCAGUCCCCUUUUAAGCCCUGGUCCCAGGAGCGGGAAGAAGGUUGCCGGGGGAUUUAGACUCAAUUACGACGAAAAAACCCCAAUUCGAGCCAUUGACCUUGGAGGACAGGACCAAGGCGAGAAGCUGGCGGAAUUUGUCACCACCGCCAUCGACAAUCUUAGCCACGAUAUCAAUGUCAAAGGCGCGAUGGAAGAGCUCAAACUGCAAGGACCCAGGGACAUUAUACCUGGACUGGAGGUCCGUUUACUUGGACACCAGUGUAUCGGCGUCGCAUGGAUGCUUCGAAUGGAGAGAAGCAAAAACCGAGGCGGGAUCUUAGCGGAUGACAUGGGACUGGGUAAAACUGUGCAAAUGAUAGCAACAAUGGUCAUGAAUCCUCCUACUCGCGCGGACGAGUGUAAAACCACGCUGAUUGUCGUUCCUGCUGCCCUCAUGGAGCAGUGGAAAGAAGAGAUUCUGACCAAGACUAAUGACAUAUUCAGCGUCCAUAUUCAUCAUGGCAGAGAUAAAUUGACGGAGUCACAGAUCAAGAAGAAAGACGUCAUUAUCACCUCGUAUCAAACCCUUUGCAACGAUUUUAGUACGCCGUCUGACGUCAGCGCUGAAGAAGAAGCUCAAUGGGUAGCCGAGAACGGAGGACCGUUGGCGCGUCUACACUUUUACCGCGUCAUCGCGGACGAAGCUCAGUUUAUUCGAAACCGUGCCACGCGUGCAAGCAUCAGCAUGGCCCUCGUAAGGGCGACAUAUCGCUGGACGUUGACUGGCACGCCUGUUACCAAUACCCUUGCUGACAUCUAUGGCUUGUUGCGGUUUGGGCGCUUCCGACCGUGGAACGACUGGAAUGAUUUCAAUGAGCAUGUUGCUAAAGUUCAAUCCGAGGAUGCCCCACUUGCAGGCUCACGAGCUCAGGCUAUUCUCAAACCCUUGAUCCUACGGCGGACCAAGAACUCGACCCUGGAGGGAAAGCCCAUCUUAAAUCUUCCUCCGAAGGAUAUAGAAAUCGUCAAACUUCAAUUCUCCCCAGACGAGCGCGAGGUCUACGAUUCGUUUGAAAAGUCGACCAAGAUCAGACUGAAUAAGUUCAUCCGUGAACGAACCCUCUUGAAGAAUCAUGCCCAAGUUUUGGUCAUGAUUCUUCGCCUGCGGCAAGUCUGCUGCCAUCCGCAUCUCGUUCUUUCCCAAGCCGAAGGACUUGACGAUCCGACCGCCCUUGUACAGGGAAACGCGGAAAAGGAACUGGGCCGCGCCCGAAAAACUAUGGGCCCGCUUUGGGUAGCAGAUGUCAAGAAGGAGUUCCUCCUACGCGCGGCGUCAGUCGAGUCUGUGGAUUUCUCUGAUGAGGACGACACAGCUGCACCAGGUUGUCCUGUCUGUGGUGACGUAUUCUCCAACGACAGUGGGCGAGUGUUGUCAUGCAAACACGAAAUGUGCUUCGACUGUAUGCUCAACACCAGAAAUGGAACUAUCACCCACGACGGCAUAUUCGGCUACGGUACCGAGAAGGAAAACCAGGAAGCUGAGAAGGCCUUUGAAGAAGCCGCGGCAAAGGGCUAUAGACCUUGUCCAACAUGUCGCAAAAUGGUCGACCUUUCUGAUGCGAAAACGUUCAAGUCCAGCGCCUUCGAGCCGAGUGACGAAGAGCUCAGGCAGCACGCUCAGAGGAAAGCGAACAGGUCCCGGAACAGGUACUCGGAGAAGAAGGGGAAGAAGAAAGCACCCUCACCCCCACCCGACUUCCUUAGCGACCUCGAUGACUCGGACGAUGACCUGCCAGAAAUAUCGGACAUUUUCAAAACCCCGAAGAAAAAGGGCAAGGGAAAGAGGGUCGAUUCGUCAGAUGACGACAUGGCUGUGGAUGAUGCGGUCUCAAAUAAAUCCAAAGGCAAGCGCAAAGCGGACUCCGAUUCUGAAGUCGAGUUCCUUGGCAUGACACCGUCGCGGAGAAAACGCGUGCGAGAAGCCGAGCGGAAGGGCAACGCGAGUGAUAGCUCUGACGUGGAAUUCAUGGGAAUGACCCCCUCGCGUCGUAAAAGGAAGGAGCAGGAGGACGACUCGCCUUCGCCAUCCAACAACAAGAAAAGCAGCGGUCCAUCCGAUGCUGUCCUCGCCACCUGGAAGAGAGGCGAUGAUGACUUGGAGGCGAGCGCAAAGAUGCUCAAGUUGGUUGAGUAUCUGAAGGAGUGGGACGACACUGGGGAUAAGACGAUUUGCUAUUCCCAGUGGACCUCCAUGCUUGACCUGCUCGAAAAGCUCUUAUCCCGUCAUGGUAUCCGCACGUUACGAUUUGACGGACAGAUGGAUAGGGCCGCUCGAGAAUAUGCGAUCUCGAGCUUCAAGCGUGCAGGGGGCCCCAAGGUCAUGCUGAUUAGUACCCGCUGCGGCAGCGUUGGCCUUAACCUUGUGAUGGCCAACCGGAUCGUCAACAUGGAUUUGUCUUGGAACUAUGCCGCGGAGUCCCAAGCCUAUGAUCGGUGCCAUCGAAUUGGGCAGGACAAGGAUGUUUUCGUGAAACGUCUGGUUGUCGAGAAUACGAUUGAGGAGCGCAUGCUGCGUCUGCAAGACGUUAAAGUAGGGCUCGCCGAGGCUGCACUCGGCGAGGGUUCUGGAGCCAAGCUCCAUAGACUAAGUGUCAAGGAGAUUAAAUACCUGUUCGGUAUGGGACCUCUGAAGAAGCCAGGGAACAACGGUAGAAACGGUUCCGCUGAUAGUGACAGCGACUGA